CUAGCCUAAGUGUUGAGGUUAAGAUGGAGCCUGAAGCUCGCAGUGUAUCCACUUCAGGUGCUGCCAUCAUCGGUGAACUUGGCGCCGUUAGCGCCAAGACAAUUGCCGCUGCCGCCGAUGCUGCUGCUCCCUAUAUCAAGAAACUGAAUGAAGCCUUGGGAGAUCUCGCUAACACCAUUACUAGCCUUCGUGUGCAAGACACUGUUCAACCCGAGUCCUAUAAUUUGCUUGGCGAUGCUUUGGGAUCAAUGGGCACAGCUCUGGGUGAUUUGGCUAACACCAUUACUAGCCUAAGUGUUGAGGUCAAGAUGGAGCCAGAAGCUCGCAGUGUCUCGACUUCAGGUGCUGCCAUCAUCGGUGAACUUGGUUCCGUUAGCGCCAAGACAAUUGCCGCUGCCGCUGAUGCUGCUUCUCCUUAUGUGAGCAAACUUAAUGAUGCCCUUGGAGAUCUGGCUAACACCAUUACUAGCCUGAAUAUGCAGGUAGAUACUGUCGAACCUGAGUCAUAUAAUCUGCUUGGCGAUGCUCUGGGAUCAAUGGGCACAGCUCUAGGUGAUUUGGCUAACACCAUUACUAGCCUAAGUGUGCAGACUAAGAUGCAGCCAGAAGCUCGCAGUGUUUCAACUUCUGGUGCCAUAUAA